AGCAUCGUAUCUUCCCUUCCUUUCUCGAAUUCUAUAUUUCCAGAGCCACAAGGUCGCCGUCACACGCCAGGAUUUACUGCGGCCUACCUUUCCGUUUCUGGGGGCCACUGGCGCUUUUUGCACUGGUCCCUUGACGACGCAUCGCAACAUUGCUCCUCCCACGAAUCUCGCCCCUCUGAAACAAGCGUCUCAGUCUUGUCCCUUCAAGAACGGCCUCAACGCCUGUGCAUCCUGUCGACCUUUUAUUUCCUCCCCCAUUUGCCGAACGAGCCGAGGCAGCCAUACGAAUGCCCCCCCGAUGAAUUGAGUCCUCUGGCAAUUUCUCCCCCCUGAAAUCGCCAACGCCAACUUCGCGACAAGCACACAACAUUGAUGGCAGCCAUGGAUGACCUUCAGAGAUCAGAGUACCCGGCUAUGCUGGCAAAUUUGUCGCCUGGUCAGGCAAACCAGGUUGUCAAUGAGCGCUUGAGGCGCAUUGGCAAAGUCAACACCGAAAUCGCAGACUGGCUUCAGGAGCGCCGACGUGUCGAAGACCAAUAUGUUGCUGGGCUCAAGAAGCUGCUUAUGUUCAAGGUGCCCAACUCCGGGUCUGAGCUAGGUAUCUUCCAGCCCUCGUGGGACAAGGUCCUCCGCUCUACCGACGCAAUUGCCGCAUCACAUCACCUGUUUGCCCAGCGGAUCGAGAAGGAUGUCGAGCAUGCCUUGCGCCAGUUUCAAAAUCGCAAAGAAGUUCAAAACAUGCAGACAAUGUCCAUGAACCUAUCGACAAUUGCCAAGGAAUUAGACGAUGCGCGUGAGAAGGUCGACAAGCUGUCCAAGAAAGGUGGCAAGGCCAGCGCCCUCAAGGUGGACACCGCCACCGCAAGACUGGAAUCCGCCUCGUCGCAAUGGGAGUCACAAGCCCCUUUUAUCCUCGAGACACUGCAAGCUCUUGACGAGCAGCGUUGUAACCACCUCCGAGAUGUGCUCACGCAACUCGAAACACAUGAAGUCGAUCAGUCGGACAGGUUGCGAGCCGCUGCGAACGACGCUUUGGCGACGAUUGUGGAGGCCGAUACCGCGCGGGAGGUCGAGAAUUUUGUGUCCAGAGUUACGGCAGGGAAGCCGAAGGUCGAGAAGAGGCCCGCGUUGACGGAGAGACCAUCCACUAUGACGAGGCAGUCAACGUCCACUCACGCCCAGCCUCCCUCAACUGCAGACUCGGGCCUCGCACCGCCCCCAAUACCUUUCUCUCAGCAUGAGGAUAAUCGGAGUGUCCAUUCUAUGCCGGGCGAAGAGAAGACUGAAUCUAAGUUGCGCAGUCGAAUCGGAACAGUCUUUGGCCGCCGGCGCCAGAGCGUACACGGCGGGUUCGGUCAGCUCUCUCCGGGCAAGAACAACGGCCCCUUCAACCGUGCGUCGAGCAGUCAUGGUCGAUUGUCGCCAAAUGCGUCUUCUAGCAAUUUGGCCGGCUCGAGCGCAAACAGGCUGGACUCACUGGCGGAGGCUCCUGAUACACCAGGGCUGCCCAAGCCUCUGGAGCCGGAACCAGCAGCGGCCACAACGAACGGGACCCACGGCGCAAACGCUACUAUUUCCACCGGGACACCAGCAACGCCCGCUACGGAAAUUCUUAACGGCGCCACUGCAGAGGAGAUAUUCGACGCUCCUCCAGGCCCACCGCCGUCCCACCUGAACAAGGAGGGCGUGCCCACCAAAGACCAGGAUGGGUUCACGAUACCACCUGCUGCCAACGACCCAAUAUCCCAGGCACAGAGGGAGGCAGCAGGCGAGAUGGGAGAGGAGCAUGACCAGCUCUUCAAGCUGAACAUACAAAACAGCCCGAUCGCCGAAGAGGACCCUGAUGAAAGCAAGGCCGCCAUAGCCAAUGUUGCGAGCUCUCUUGGCGUAAUGCCCUCUCGACGCACAGGUACCGUUCGUGGUCGCAGGGAUGUGCGAAAUACGAUCUACAUGCCGACAAAUACCCAGUUGCCCUCAGUGGAUGCUUCAGGGUCUCUGUCGGUCGUCGCUGAACCAACACAAAAUUUGCCCCCGUCCCCAGCGCUGCACGGUGCAAGCAGCAGCAUGAGCUCGAAACCCUCUGCCAUUCACACGUUGGCAAGCGAGGCUAGUGGGACCGCCACCAGCGACACGCAGUCGAUCAGGAGUGCAGGCAGCCUUGGGAGUUUUCUGCACGGCAAGCACCCGGAUCUCACUGCGCCUGGUCUGAACUCGAGUAUCGUCGAGACGGUUUCGGCAACCUUUGAGGAGGGCGUGCUCAAGUCUGUGAAGAUUAAUGGAGAGAUAGCAUUUGCGUACAACGGGGACGGGACCAUCUCUGAAGCGCGCGAGACCAUACGCAUCAAUGAUUUCCCUAGUUUGGAAGCCAUAGGACCCAACCGAAUCUUUGUCUCCAGCACCCCCUCACCGGAUGAGUUCCUUCUCGAUCUCGCACAUAUCCCCUCCAGGACUGCGACCCCGGGCUUUACCUACCGUGUGCAUGCGGAGGAACCUACAUCUGACUUUGCAACUCACUGCCCGCUACUCAUCCAGUCAGCGUGGAAGCCAGGUCAGGAUAAGCUCGGGCUCCUGCUGCAAUACAAGCUCAACCCUGAGUUCCUGCACAGCUCGAAGGCGGUGGUCCUCAAGGGACUGACGUUCGUUGCGACAUAUGAGGGCGCAAGGGCGAGCGGUGUGCAGACGAAACCUGCAGGAACGCACCUGAAGGAGAAACACCUUGUCUACUGGCGCAUAGGCGAUGUGUCUCUUAGCUCUGGUGACGACGGCUGGCAAAAGAUUGUAUGCAGGGUGAUUGGUGCCGAAAAUGCCCAGCCAAGACCCGGAACUAUCGAGGCUAGGUGGGAAUACAUCAGCUCGAGCGCGCCUGGUGACGAAGGCACCCACGGAGGCAUCUCCAUCAGCAGACGGGGUGAGAGCAAGGGCAAGGAGAAGGCCACAGAUGACAGUGGAGAGGACACCGAAGAUGACCCGUUUGCGGACGAGAGCGCCGUAGCUUCUCCAAAGGGGGCCAGCUGGCAUGAUGUGCCGCUGGUGAGGAAGAUUGUGAGCGGCAAGUACGAAGCGAAGUAA